AUGGAUGAGAAGUAUAAUUUAUUCAAAUUAGGUCGUAUUUUGUCAAAUCGGGAGUCAACUUUAGAAUGGGUUCGAACUGUUGGUUUAAUACCCAAAGAAAGAUACUGCGCUAAACAUAAAAAAGCAAUGAUUUUAUAUGAAGAUAGAUUAGUCUGUGGGGAAUUUGUAUGUCGUUCAAAAAAAGGGACAAAGUUCCAUUCUAAAACUGUGACAGAGAAUACUUGGUUCGAGCAUUGCCAUACCCUUGUAGCCACAUGCGUUUUUAUAACAUACUGCUUUUCUGUUGGCGUCAAUUUUGAACAGACCAUCCGGGAAAGCAGUGUCAUCGAAGAUCAAACAGUUUCCACUGAAACUAUCGCCGACCGAUUUUCAUUCUGUCGUGAAAUUUGCAUGAUUUCCCUUGAUAACGAAUUUGAAUUUGAAGGCAAAAAUGGCGGUCAAGGGAAAGUUGUGGAAAUCGACGAAUGUAAAAUCGGUAGGCGAAAGUAUCAACGUGGCCGGGUUGUUGAAGGAUCCUGGAUAUUGGGCUUCAUAGAGCGAGGUAGUCCUGAAAACUAUCGGUUGGAGAUCUGUCCUGAAAACAAACGGGAUAAAGAUACCUUACUACAAUUAAUUCAGAAACAUGUGUUAGUAGGGACAGAGAUCCACACUGAUUGUUGGAAGGGCUACUUUGAUCUUGAAGCUCAUGGGUAUGUGCAUCUAACAGUUAAUCACUCGGUUGAAUUUGUAAAUAGUGAAACUGGUGCACAUACCCAAAAUAUAGAGUUCUCAUGGCGUGCAAUGCGACGUUUUCUAUCUCGGGGUGGAAUUCACAAAAACAAGCUUGACGAGCAUUUAUGUGAAUUCUUGUGGCGACGCCGAAUUAAGAAAUUAGGUGCAGAUCCAUUUGCACAAAGACAUAAAAACAGUUUAUCCUGGGUAUGUACGUUUCAAAGAUCAGAAUGUACGUAA